AUGGGACCUUUGCCUGGGGAAGCUCAAGAGAGUUCCUGGAAAGGUGCCCUUGUUGGUAACUGCAAGUCAAAGAUUUCGACGCUGCUGCCUAAAGUUACUGCUGGUGAGGAGGGCCUUGAGAUUUGCCUCCCAGACAAUAUCAUGGAUAAUAUUGCUUCCUCCCUUCACCUAUGCCUAGUAGGAAGAUUCUUAGCCUUCAUACCCACUAUAGACAUGGUCAGAAGAUGGGUUGGUUCCAAAUGGAAAAUCAAAGGUAGUGUCUCGAACUCUGUUAUGUCAGGUGGUCUCUUCCUUUUUAGAUUUACUGCAGAAGAAGACUUCGUCUAUAUUAUGUCUAGUUCAUGGUCUUAUGGUAAACAUUGCCUUGCUCUCUCCAAGUGGAAGUCGGGGUUUGACCCAAAUACGGACCUCCUUAGACUGGCGCCGGUUUGGAUCACACUCUCGGGCCUCCCUCUGGAAUUUUGGGACGAUAUCAUUUUUAGAUGGAUUGGUAACUCGUUUGGUCAGUUUGUUGUUGUCGACAAUGUGACAAUGCAGAAGUCCAGACUUGUUUAUGCUCACCUUUGUGUGAAUGUGGUUAUUAACAAUGCCCUCCCUAAUUUCAUUGCCCUUAAAUCCAAAUGGGGUAAAUGGACACAGGCUAUUGUCUAUGAGAACGCCUCCUUGUAUUGUCAAAGGUGUGGCAAACAUGGUCAUGUUAUUGCAGACUGUCUCACCCCGCAACCUCCGGAGGAAAAGCUAAAGGAGAAGUUGUCGUCCACAGUUACCCCUGACUCCAAGAAGGUUCCUUCCCCCUCAAGGAGAUUCUUGGGCCCGGAGCUAAAAGAAGGAGAGAUCCCCCAAGCGAAGAUAGAACAAGAAGGUCUUAAAGAGGAAGCGAGUCUCAAUGAUAAGAAAGGGCACAAUGAAUCCACUCCGCUAGUAAUCAUGCAGUUGAUACCCAACUCAGUGGGAAGUUGUGGGAGGAGUAUCUGGAGCACUGGUGUUGAGGCCUCGCCUACCAUAGGGAUUGGUCUGGACCCGACCUCCUCUUCGUCUGCUACCAGUUCUACUGGGGAUAUUACUACUCUCUCUCAUGGUAAUCGCUUUGCCUCGUCAUCGCCAGCGGAUAAGGAAAAAGGGGAAUGGCAGGAACCAAAAAGAAAAACUUAA